AGCGGAGCGGGCCCGGGCUCGGCGCAGAUGCUGUGCACUAACGCAACCYGGGCCAGAAGGACCUGUCAGCUUUAGCCAGCGCGUCCCGUGAGGCCCAAGAUGCUGCUGAGGUSCCGGUGAGGGUGAACUGAGCUGCUGCAUCCCCCCGGCCCCUCGCAUCCCCCGCGAGAGCCAUGGAGGCCCCCUUGGACGUGCCCGUGGGGAACCUCCUUGACUUGGACACGGAGACCUCCGUCCCCACGGAGCCCUCGCCGGGGGACCCGGCGGGCGGCGACCCGGCCGCGGAGGAGAGCGAUGCCACCGAGUCGGCGGACAGCGAGAACGACAUGGGCUACUCGCCCGGGCGCUGGAGCGGCCGCCGCCGCUCGUCCUCCAACGAGUCCUUCUCCUCGAGCCAGAGCACCGAGUCGGCCAAGGACGAGGCGGCGGGCGAGCGCCGCGACUUCAUGCGGCGCUACGUGGACAAGGUCUUCACCGGCGGCGAGGACCUGGACCAGGAAGAGAAGGCCAGGUUUGGUGAGCUCUGCAGCGGCGAGAACGGGAAGGGCAGGGAAUGGUUCGCACGAUACGUGAGCGCCCAGCGCUGCAACUCCAAGUGCGUCUCGGAGCAGACCUUCUAUCGCCUCAUGCAGUCCUUCGCCCUGGUGCUGUUUGAGUGUCACCAGAUGGAUGACUUCAGCCCUGCCAAGAACCUCAUGACCAUGUGUUUCACUUACUACUACAUCGGCAAACCGCACGCGCUGCCCUUGGAGAGCAAGGAGGAGAAGCCCAUGGGUAGCAUCGACUCCUACCUGAAGUCGGCCAACAGCUGGCUGGCCGAGAAGAAGGACAUCGCGGAGCGGCUGCUGAAGAACACGGAGAACGUCAAGGGCUUCUUYGGGGGCCUGGAGACCAAGCUGAAGGGUCCCGCGGCGCGGAAGGGCGACAGCGAAGGGGAGGACAAGCCAAAGGAGAAGGGGAAGACAACGGCUCCUGUGCAGAGCCCCGAGGAGGAGAAGAGAGGAGAGAAGAUCUACCUGUACAUGCACCUCAAGCAGCAGCCCAUCUGGCACAACCUGCGGUUUUGGAACGCCGCCUUCUUCGACGCUGUUCACUGCGAGCGGAGGAAGAGGUCUCCCACCACCAGAGGGAGCGCUGGAGAGGAAGAGGAGAAGAGGGAGAAGUGGUGCCACAUGACGCAGGAGGAGCGCGACGACAGCCUGCGCUUCAACGAGAACAUCACCUUCGGGCAGCUGGGCACCUUCAUCCACAACAUGCUGGCCUUCGGCCUCAGCAAGAAGCUCUGCAGCGACUUCCUGAAGAAGCAGGCGACCAUCGGCAACCUGGACGAAGAGCAGUACAAGCUGCUGAGCGACCACAUCGAGCAAGUGGCGGCCGAGUAGCCGCCRCGGAGCCGGGGCCACCGCUGUCACCUCCGGGGCCACCCGCCAGCGAGGACGGGCUGCUUGGAAUAUCCUUACAACAACCCCGCAUGAUCGUCAGCCCGGCGUCGAGGCUGCCCGUAGCAAUAGGAGCACCUUCUCCCUCCCUGGAUCCUUCCCUGCCUUUCAGAGCAGACUUUCCCGGUGUGUUUUGUCGGUUAAUAGAAGGAGAAGCGGGAAAACAAGCCCGGAGCAGCCCUGCCGCUGCUGUGCGCCGGGAUCCUGCGCUGUCCCGCGGCACCUUCCCCCUGAAUUCGGGAGAGCCGGGGGGAUUGGAGGUUGUGGAGCGGCUCUCCAGGGAACUGCUGCUCCGUGGAAGCCACCGCUUCCUUUUGGCAAUGGGCUCGUGUUGCUUUGUGCACCCUGGAGCAUCCCAGUGGUUGGAGAAGCAGGCAGCUGUGCGGGAAGCCCUGCUGCCGCGGGGAGCUUCCCCACACCCUCUUUGGAGGGAUUUCUUUGCUUUUUGUACAUCUCGGCAAGAGGAAAACCGCGGUUUGCUCUACAGCAUUAGCCUUGCUCGGCAGGGAAUAAGCCAUGGCCUUGGGCACGCUUUGGGAGAGGAGGAAGAGGAGCUUGGAGCGCAGGCGGCAGGGCUCGGCGCAGCCGCGAGGCUCCCCGUCUGCUCUUGGUUUUCCCCCUUUUUUCCUCCUCUGCUCUUGUCCUGUUCGCCCRGGUUUCCUGGGAAUACCGCUCCGGGUGUCCCGGCUCCGAGUGAGGCUCCAUCCCGGCACUGACUCUCUCGGGAUCCGGGCACGCUGCUGCUGCAGGGAUUUCAUUUGCACUUUGCRUCCCCCCGAGGGGACGUCUCCUUGGGGCGCCGGGACAGGACCUGCMGCCUCCGGCAGCCCCUCGCCCAAGCUCCCUUCGGUUCUUCCCCCAAAUUCUGCUUUCAUUGUUUAUUUUUCCAACAUUAAAGAAGUUUAGCAGUGAAAAAAGAUACUAUUUGCAUGGGUAUUUUUCUAAAAAACAAUUGGAAAAACUGCAUUUUUGGUGGCCAUGCRUCACUCUGCUCUGGGGCUCCCGGAUCAUGGAUUCGUGGAGACGUUUCAAGGCUGCGUGUGGAACUCACGACUUCCAUCCCCCUUUGGAGCAGGACAGCGUGAAGGACAGGGUGAGAGAGGCUGCAAUAAAUUAUCUUUAAAAAAUGACUCUUAUUUMGCAGUUGAUAUAUAUAUUUUAAUCCAAUGAGUCUUCUCCUCUCKCCACGCUCAUCUUCUGCAGUCCCUUGCACCUUGCUCAGCUCCAUCCCCUUUUGCCCCUUUCCUAUGGAUAACCCAUUUCUCUUUCUUUUAGCAGAGAAAAUUGAUGCCCCUUUUAAAGAAAUGCUUGGGUUUGCCCUGGAGCUGCAUAGACUGGUGAAAAAGAUUUAAUUUGUCUUUUCUUUCCCCCUUUGCGCUCCAUCUUUGCCAGCCGCUGCGGAUCCUGCGC